AUGCGCCCAUCCCCAUGCGCCCAUCCCCGUGCGCCCAUCCCCGUGCGCCCAUCCCCAUGCGCCCAUCCCCGUGCGCCUAUCCCCGUGCGCCCAUCCCCGUGCGCCCAUCCCCGUGCGCCCAUCCCCGUGCGCCCAUCCCCAUGCGCCCAUCCCCGUGCGCCCAUCCCCGUGCGCCCAUCCCCGUGCGCCCAUCCCCGUGCGCCCAUCCCCGUGCGCCCAUCCCCGUGCGCCCAUCCCCGUGCGCCCAUCCGUGCAGGUAUUCAGAGGGGCGGGCUGCAACUGAGGGACACCGUCAACGCCGUCAUUCGCCAGCGCCGGUUCAACGAGGCCAUAACGUGUCCGCGCUCGCAGCAGUGCGCCGGUUCAAUGAGGCCAUCAUGUGUUUGCGUCCGCAGCGGCAGUCCUCAUCUCCUCUCAUUUCCUCCUUGUUCCGCCCUCUCUCCCGCCUCUCCCACCCUCUCCCCCCCCUCUCCCGCCCUCUCCUCCCCUCUCCCCCCCUCUUCCCCCUCUCCCCCCAUCUCCCCCCCUUUCCCCCCCCUCUUCCCCUCUCUUCCCCCCACGCAGGCAGAGGCGGUUCAACGAGGCAAUAACGUGUCUGCGCCCGCAGCAGCGCUUCUCCCAGCUGCUGGAAGAAAUGAAGGGUGGCAACUUCACCGCCCACUCCCCCUCUCACUCCCUCUUCCAAUUCCCCACUUCAUCUCCCUCUCAUUCCCCUCUCCCCCCUCACUCCCCCUCUCACUCCCCCUCUUGCUCUCCCUCUCACUCUCCCUCUCAUGCCUGCUCGCCCUCCCGCCCUCGCCGCUCAAGACGCUGUGGUUGCCCUCCACUCGCAUCUCUUGUGCACACCGUACCGCCGCACGCUAG